AGUGGGGAGACAAAGACAAAUAAUUUCUGUAUUUUCUUUUUCUAUGAAAAUACAGAGUUCUUCAAUUAAAAAAAAAAAGAAGAAGAAGAAGAAGAAGAAGAGAAAAAAACGCUUAAAGAACUGAUAAAAUACUUCCUUUCUUCAACCUCUCUGCUUUUCCCGGGAAAGGGAUUAAAGCGAAAUUCAGAAAGCAUGGCAGUGGUGACAUCAAGUUUCUUUUCGUACCAAAAGAUGCUCCGAGUAAGUUGCAGGAGGAAAGAGAGAGGAAGAGAACACCAGAACAAUUACCCCUACAAAGUCAUCGAAAUUACGCCCCCACCUAAGUCCCUUGGCGUCCGUUGCUUCCCUUCCAACUUGCAAUGUGGAGAGAGCGUUACAAUUGAAGGCCAAGCAUACACCAUCUCAGCUGUAACUCACAGGUACCAGCUACGCAAAGGGAAGUAUGAACCUAGUGAGAAGCAGCUAGAUGUUUUGUCCACGGGAAGAUACCUCUUGAAUUUAUAUCUAGAAAACUUACUAGAACAAUCUUGAUCACAUUCACUUUCAAAAUCAAAUCUUGAAAUAUCAUGCCUUGAUCACAUCUUGGCAAGUUGUUUCAAUUUCUUUAUCAUUAACAUACAUUCUCGUUGGUGUAUACAUGCCUCUAAAAGAGGAGUGGUUAACCAGAAUGCAGAUGGAACUUGUUUAUCAUAAAAUUUUAAUGUUUAU